ACAGCGGCGCCGAGGCUCCCGGCUCGCAGCCGCCCCGCCAUGGCUCUCAGCUCCGAGCGGCUCUUCGACUCGCUGGGACACUUCCGCAGAUUUCAAGCAUGUGUUUAUUUUGCAUCUGUCUUUCAAGCUAUGUCAUGUGGUAUCCAUUACUUAGCAUCUGUGUUCAUGGCUGUUACUCCUAACUUUGUAUGUGGGUUCCCUGGAAAUGUGAGUAGUGUUCUUUUCCACAACUCCUCUGCAUCAAGUAUAGAGGACAUCUGGACACUGUGGACAUCAACAGAAAACUACAUUGUAGUCCAGCUGGAAAAUGGAGAAAUUUGGGAACUUGAUCAAUGCAGCAGGUCCAAACGAGAAGUCACUUUGGAUCUGGCGUACGAAUACAAAGGCAACAAGUCUGUAUUUCCUUGUUCCGAUGGAUUUCUCUAUGAUGAUACAAAGUGGAAGAGCACUGUUGUUACAGAGUGGGAUCUGGUCUGUGACCGAGAAUGGCUUGCAAAAUUAAUCCAGCCUACGUUCAUGCUUGGAGUCCUGAUUGGAGCAGUGAUUUUUGGUGACAUUGCUGACAGACUGGGAAGACAGCGUGUUAUAUGGUUCACAAGUGCUGGUCAGUUUGUGUUUGGCAUCGCGGUGGCCUUCACCUUUGACUACUACAGUUUUGUGAUUGUGCGCUUUCUCCUCGCCAUGGUUUCAAGUGGCUAUCUGGUUGUGGCUUUUGUUUAUGUGACUGAAUUUGUUGGCAUUAAAGCACGAACCUGGGCUUCUAUGCAUGUCCAUGCUUUUUUUGCUAUGGGAAUUAUGAUUGUGGCACUCGUGGGAUUUUUGGUUCGGACCUGGUGGGUCUAUCAGAUAUUUCUAUCCAUAGCAACUCUUCCCUUUGUCUUGUGCUGCUGGAUGCUCCCAGAAACACCUUUUUGGCUGCUGUCAGAGGAAAGAUAUGAAGAUGCACAGAAAGUGAUUGAUACAAUGGCAAGAUGGAAUAAAGUCAGCACUCCCUGCAAAGUUUCUGAACUGUGCUCAGUCCAACAAGACGAUGUGGCCAGUGGCAGAACGGGUGAUGAUGAUACAUCCUCAGCAAAGAAGCACAACAUCUUAGACCUGUUUUGUAACUGGCAAAUUGCAAGAAGGACCAUCACAGUCUGGCUGAUCUGGUUCACUGGGAGCUUGGGGUACUACGUCUUCUCCCUCAGUUCUGUCAGCCUAGGAGGCAAUGAAUAUUUAAAUCUCUUUCUCAUAGGUGCUGUGGAGUUGCCUUGCUAUAUCAUUGCUUGCAUUGCGAUGGACAAACUGGGAAGGAGAAACACACUCAUUCCGUUCCUUAUUUUAAGUGCACUGAUCUGUGUUUUAAUUAUGUUCAUACCUCAGGAUUUCAAUAUAUUAAUUAUCUUAGCAAAUAUGGCUGGAAAAUUUUCCAUAGGCGUGGCAUUUGGCCUUAUAUAUCUCUACACAGCAGAACUGUACCCAACAAUAGUAAGAUCACUUGCUGUUGGAAGUGGAAGCAUGAUGUGCCGUGUAGGAAGCGUGGUUGCUCCUUUCUGUGUUUAUCUGAGAAGUGUCUGGAUUUUCAUGCCACUUUUGCUUGUUGGAAUCAUGGCUCUUCUGAGUGGAAUCUUAACCAUAAUGCUUCCAGAAACACUGGGAAAACCAUUGACUAAUACUUUGGUGGAAGCUACAGAAAUGGGAAGAAACAAGAAAAGCUGUUCAGAAAAGAUUCCUCCAGCACAUAGUGGUGCAUCAUCAGAAAAAAUAGAGAUGUUUGGUCAAGAAAGAGUCAGCACUGACAAAUAAAGCAGCAGCAAAAUGGCUGCUCCCAAUUUUAAUCACUAUCUAAUUUAUAUGAUCUCUGUAUUCAAGAAAUGUGACUGUUCUAUAACAUCUGUGCCUUUUACUUUGUAUUCUGUCUUCCCUUUUCAAUAGAGGAAUUGUAUGAAACCUUUUCAAAGUGACUGAGUUACUGCAGAAAAUUGAUAGGAUUUCUAGAUCCCUAAUCAAACUUACUCAGACUUUAAACUGACUUGCUGUGACCAGUUGGAAUGAUUACUGUAAAUGUUGGAACCUACCUGAUUACAAGUAUGUAAAAAAAAAAUGCCAAUUCUUUGCUUCACAUUUUCUGCAGUUAGAUUUGUAAACCUACAACAAAGUGCCCUGCCUGGUCUCUUCCCGUUGCAGCUGCCAGUUACAGGCUUGAGACUUCAGAACACAGUAAAGUGUUAAAAUUCAAGAGAGAAGCCUUAUCAUUGCAUCAGGUCAUAUCAAUAAUUUUAAACUAAUUUAUUCUUUUUCUUUCAAGUUUUCUACUAGAAAUGGUGCCAUUGCUAACAAAAGGAAAGUAUUCUAUGGCACAGCUUCUGACUGAAAAAGUAAUACUAAGUUUGCAAAAUGUGCAAAUAGUUUGUAUAUUCAUUCAGUUGAAUGGCAAAUGUAUUUUUAUUAGGGGUUUAGGAAAAAGUGUUCACUGGAUCUAUUAUGGUUUUAGUUUAGGUAAAACUAAACUGUCUGAUCCCAUUUAAAGUCACAUUCAUUCCAGACCAUUAUUUCAGUGCACCCUUUCUCACUUAUUUCAGCUUACAUCGAGCAUCAGAUUUUUCAUAACUUCUAAGAGCUAGACCAGCAACUUUGCCAAAUGCCUCCAGCAAGGUCUUCAUAGUCCUCAGUGGAAAAGAAUAAAUGGCAUAUGGCUCUUAUUCAGGCUCUCUGCACAGAAGUGGAUUUAGUUAUUAAUUUUUGGUAGAAACGGUUUCCACUCACCAUUUUUCUCACAGAACAGCUGUCUGUAACUGAUUUUUUCCUUAUUAUAUCACACAAAACCAGUUAGAAAAAUAGAAUCCAAAAGAUGGUAGCUGGAGGACACUGAUCAAUAGAAGAGUUACUAGUAACAGUUUUAGUCAGUGUCAAAACACGCCACUGCUGCUAUGCCUCAUGUGUGCAUCAACACAUUGUUGGUGCAGUGGUUCUGUCUUAUGACUCUGGACCAUAGAAAACUGAUAGAUAGGAAUGCAUCAUUCUGGCUGCUCCUUUUAUGGCUUUCUCCCACCUCCCCUUCUUCAGUCUAUGUCUAGAGCUGGGGGUUUCUUCCUUGUCUGAGGAUCUGCAUCUCCUU